AUGAGCGACUUUAGCAUUGAUUAUAUACUGCAUCGUGCGGGCGAAAGAUAUAUUGGCACAAAUGCUUCGAUUGGCAUUGUGGAGCGCAUUAAAUUGGAGGAACAGCACCGGCGCCAACGCGAAGCUUACGAAACUUAUCAAGCCGGCGUAGCCGUUGAGUUGGCUAAUAUGGCCGCUGGUGUUGUGGACGCAACGAUGAGCGCAUUCAAUCAUGAGAGUGUGGCGCAAAUGCCCAUGUUCGAUUGGUUACAGUAUACGCGCUAUCAUCCGCCGCGUUUGCCACGCACAUUACGUCAACCAAUCGCCAAACGCACGCCCGGGCGUCUGCCACGCAUCCCUUUCACACCCGCCCAACUGGAAGCACUGGAAAGUGCCUAUCGCACAGCCAACUACUUGAGCGCGGAAGAAGCUAAUCAGCUGGCCGAGUCGUUAGAGUUGACUAAUACUCGUGUUAAAAUUUGGUUUCAAAAUCGACGCGCACGUGAGCGACGCGAAAAACGCGAGCGAGAUGAGAGUUAUGAGUCCACUAUCUCAUCAAAUGCUUCGAGUCCCGAACCGCAAAGUGAUAUUGUGCUAUAA